AAUGAAAUUUUGGUGGAAGAACACCAUAGAAGUGGAAGAAAAUUUUUGAAUAUAAAAACUGAUAACACAGGAGAAAUAAAUAAAUAGCAGCAACCAGAUAACAUAACUAUGAGUGGUCAAUAAAAAUUCGUGGAAAAACAAUUUUGACUAUUGAAUAGCAAAAAACCAAAAAUAAAGAACUUUAGUCAAAAUGUCUGUUGAAAACUCAAAGGAAGUUUUUGCGUUAGAGAAAAUCCUAGAGAGAAUAUUUAAAUUUUUACCUUUGAAAGACCAAUUCAGAUUGGCGCAAGUGUGUAGUGCAACCCAAAAUGUUUUCGACAAAUACAUAUUGCCCAUUGAUUAUCGCCAUUUGAAAAUAAAAGCGCAUCGAGUUUACAAUUUAGUUUACAAUGGGGGUGAGAUGAAUCGAUUGGUGCUUUCACCCAAUGAAUUAAAGGAAUUUCUGGGAUAUUAUGCAGCGUGCGUUGAAGAAUUAUCGGCUGACGAACUCAUGGACUAUCGGCCCUUUACAAAACUGAAAGCUCUGUGUAUUGAUGGCGCGCAUAUUAGUUUGGAUGUGAUUAAGCAGAUAGCUGCACAGAAACCGCAAUUGUCCACAUUAAAGGUUACACAUCGAUCUCCAGAGGGUUUUGCAACAUUAUUGGAGAAUUUACCAAAGAUGAAAAAUUUAAGGGAAUUAGAAUUGAAGUUGUGGAUUGAAGAAGUUGAAGAAGGUUACAUUUCAAACAUUGAAUGUCAACUCAUUUUUAAGCUGUUAAGCGAGCUAAAGCUGGAGGUAUUCAAAUUUGAAGAUACUUCUUUAAUAACCAACUGGGAUGCCGAACAAAGUUAUCAACCCAACUGUUGCGAAUCAUUGAAGGUAUUGGAUGUACAGCUGUCUUGCUUGGAAGCUUUUUUGGACAAAGCGUCGGGCGUAAAGUCGCUUACCUUGCGUGGUGGCCCAACCGAUUAUAAGGAAAUCGAUGUAUAUAGGUUAGGAAAUUCAUUUCCCCUACUUGAAGUCUUAAAUCUAAGCUACAUCCCUUAUUCGGAAUACAACAGCUUCAUUUUACCUAGAAGUCUGAAAGAAUUUAAUAUUAUUCGUUCAACUUUGUCUUUUAAUCAGAUGAAAGAAAUUCUAUCUCGGAAGCACAACCUCAGGAAAUUGACGAUAGAUUUACCCUAUUCUUCUAGAGAAGUUCAUAUAUAUCUUAGAAAAUUUCCCCUACCCCAUGCUAUAGAAACUCUGGUUUUGAAAGAAAUCAUAUUAGACAAUUGGAUCCAGCUGGAUGGGCAUAGUGAACACUUAAAUAAUCUCACCUUCAAUGACGCUGAACAGUUAGUAUUGGACCUGAUUCCUAACCUGAAGACUUUAAUUAUGCAUCCAUCAAGCUCUGAAAUAUCAGCUUUCUGUAACCUCAAGUAUCUUCAAAAGCUAGAAAUUCGACUCGAGAGCAUCGAAAAAUGGGAAAAAGUUGAGACCUUGUUGAAAAUUCCCUCGCUGAAAGAACUCAAGAUGGAAUUUUUGCAUUCCUGUUGGGACCGUAUCCCAUGUUGUCCAAAUCUUCGAACCAAUAUCACCACUUUAACACUAUCCUAUUGUAAUGGCAAUUAUAAAAAAGAUUUAAAUGUUUGGCUAGAACUGUUAAAUCAAAAUCCCAAAAUUAAAAUGCUUUUUCAUACCUUCUUCUAUGAUAAAGAUAUUAUAUCUCAUAUAAUUGGACAUCCAAGGUUUCCUGCAUUUUUAACAUCAAUUUAUGUGGCCGGCGUUCAAAUGGAUCUUAAAUUCCUGAAGAAAUACUGUAGAGAGAAAAGCUUUGAAGAAUUGUUGUCUCAUAUACGUAUGGAAGAACAUCUCCACGUAAUUCCUAUUAUUCUUUGGAAGAAGGGGAUGACAAUGGCAAAUACAGACUGUGUUCGUUGUUAAUCGUGAAUUUGCCACUUUUUUUGAAAUACAAUAACUAUCAACCCUAGCCAUAAACGGAAUUAACCUUUAGCAACUACGUCUGUGGUAAAGGGUUGCCCUUUUACUAGAAAAUUUAAAACAUUUGUAAGAGCCAAAAAUUUUCGCUACAGCAAAAGAUAUAUGGUAACCCCUCGAAAUAUUGGCCUGCAAUCGUAUAAACUAAAAGUAUUCUCGAUCGUCGUAAAAUUCCAAGUUGUUUAAGCAAUGUCCCUCCGACCGUUCCACAUCGAACUAUCAAUUUCCGACCCUACAAAGUAUAUAUAUUUCGGAUCGUCGCAAAUUUCUAAGACGAUUUAACUAUGUCCGUGUGUCUGCCCUGUCCGUCUGUCUGUUGUUAUCACUCUACAAACUUCAAAAAUGUGUCUUGUAUUUAUUAGACCACUAGCUGACUCAGGCUCGCUCCGCUGCGCCUUCUUUUGCUUUAUAUGGAACAAAAGUUUCCUUGGAAUAUUUAUUUUGGACAAUUAAAGAUCUUUUAGCGAAAUACCAUGCCAACUUGACGAACAGUUUAACAAUA